UUGACGGAGUCGGAGAGCAAAAAUUUAUGACAUUACAAUAUGAAUCAAAUAUUUGAUCAUUGUUAACAGUUUAAACAAUUUUAUUCUGUAAAAAUGCCAGGUGGAAGAAGAAUGUUAUCCAGAAUUCAGUCUGCUUCGUCUUACAAUUCAUCCAUCCAUAAAUCUUCUGGUGGAAGUCAUGGAGGUGAAGAGAGAGAUCCAAAUGUUAUACCACUAGCUUCUAUGGUAGUGUUACCAAAACAUGCACAAGUACCAGAAAUACCAGGAGACGGAAAUCUGUACUUUGAAUCCAUGUUAUAUUUCUUUGGUGUCAUUGUUAUGUUUCUACAAUAUAUCAAUUUAUAUAAAACAGUUUGGUGGUUACCUCACUCUCAUUCUAAUUAUGCUUUGAAUUUCUACCUGAUAGACCCAAAUCUUGUGUCAUUCUUGGCUAUUCUGAUGAGUAGAAGAGUUGUUGCUUGUUUUAUGCAAGAGACAUAUGGAUGGAAAUCAAAAGGUGUGCUAUACUGGUUGUUACAGUUACUCAAGUUAAUUAUUGUAUUGAGUUUUAUAGCUCUGUGUUUUUAUACUGGUUAUCAUGUUGUCACUAAAUACUCACCUCUCUACUGCCUCUUCUUGGCAUAUCCCUUAGCCACCUAUCUUAUUCUGUUCGGACCCACGGUGAAACCAUUAUAUCAUAAAUAUUAUGCCUGGCCGCGAUAUACCACAACAUGUCCGGAAAGAUUUACACCAAAACCACGUAGUAAGGAGGGUCCAGAUAGGGACGCAUUUAUUUUUCACAGCUGCACAUUAACUCCUGACAUCAUACGAGAUGAAGUUGAGGCCAUGAAACAAGAUUUUAAUUCUCGGAUGAAACAAGUUUUGUUCAACUCCAUGUUAUCGGCCUACUAUAUGUCAUUUGUACCACUGUGUUUUGCUCAGAAUGUCCAAAACAACUGUGAUAAUUGUUGGAACACGUUAUACUAUGACACCUGGUGGGUAGGCCAACAUGUUUGUUUAACAUGGUUGAGUUCAUUCCUUAUGUUGAUCUGUCAUUUUUUAUCACCAAAAUAUCUAGAUCUUCUACAUAAAUGUUCUUUACAUCUGGGUAGAUGGCAGAAAGUAGAAGGCAGACAUGCUCAUGUACCUUAUAAUGCAUGGUCAGAGUUACAAGUAUGGCCACAAGGUGCUCUAGUCAAACAUGUCCGUGGUUUAUUUAAAGCUGAUGGUAUUAAUGUUACAGCUGAACCAGGCAAUAGUAUGCAUGGCAGAUUUUAUUUUCUAUUCAGUAAACCAUUGAGAGUUAUUAACUGGUUAUUAAUUAUGGCCUGGAUGUUGAUAGGAUAUCAGUUCUUCCGUCUGCUUCAGUGUACAGAAUGGAGUCACAUCAUGUCAUUAGCCCUAAUACUCUUCUGUAAUUAUUAUACUGUUUUUAAACUAAUGCGGGAUCGAUUCAUCAUGGCAAAAUCUUAUAAAGAAGAGGACUCUCUAAAUAGCUAAAGAACAAAAAUUGAGAAAUAAAAGUGAACUAUAUUGUGUGGUUUUGUGGUGUUGAUCUACGUGUCAUUGUGAUGUUGUGUUAAGUGUAAUGUACUAUGAUGUUAUCCUUCCAGCUUAUAAAUUAUGGUAACAAUUUCUCUGACUUUUACACCAUGACCUCUUACAUGUACCAUGUAUUGACCUAUUCGAAUUAUAGCAAACUACAGUAGCAGGCUGUAAUAUCAAUAUUUUUUUAUUUUUUAAAAGAUACAUUAUGUAAGAUUUAGAUAAAGAGCUGGCCGUUCUUGCUAUAAUAAUUCAAAAAUUGAUAAUGCAAAAUAAAUAUAUUGAAUAUUUCAUUUAAAUUACUUUACUCUAAGCUAAGUUAUCACUGUUUGUAGUUUUGACAAGAUGUGUGCAUUGAUUAUUAUCGUAACCACGGUAGUGGUAUUUUCAAGACUUAGAUUUGCUCCUCCAUUUUUAAAUUAAAUCAUUAAAUGGCCGAACCACCCUAAUCUAGUUAAAAUCUUGAGCAUUCGAUGGCAUCGAGAGUUGAUUAUGGUCUUGUCAUGUUAAUAUAUGUCUAAUUAAUAAUUUAUAUAACAUUUAAGGCCUAAAGAAAGACCUGCAAUAGGCAGAUUUAGCUCUUGCAUAACAUAUCUUUAAAAUCUUUAAAAAUAAUAUCUUCACUGCCUCACAUUGGAACUAAGUCAUGGAGGCAGGCUAGUAGUGCAAACUGAUCCAACACUAACCUUUAAUAUGCCAAAUCUCCAGUUACCAUGCAAACAAUUAACAUCCACUGCUUGAUCAGUAUGAAAUCUUGUGUGAUAUAUAGCUAGUCUCUAGGUCAGCAUUGCCCUCCUAUAUUAUACUGACCUGCCCCCUAUGAAUAAUAUAAAGUGAAAUAACUUUUUCUGACAUUAUUUUGUUGUUUGUUUUUAAUUAAUGAGUAUUUACCUGUAGUACUUAAUGUCUUUAAUAAGCUACAUAAUAAAAUAUUUGUUAAUUUG